AUGCUGCUGCCGAAGCUCUGCUAUCUCUUUCUCUUGUUUCUGGGCCUCGUCGCGACUUCGCCCGUGGCUCUAGAAGAAAGAAGCCUACUUGAUCCCCGCCCUCCCAAUCUUGCCGAUAUUGUCAAGGAACAAACGCCCAAAAACGUCAAUUUUGGCAAUUCAAAACUGGAAAAGAAUAAAAAGUUUCUUCUGUAUCGUUCGGUCGUCACCUUUAAAGAUGGUAACAAAGUCGAAGAUAAACACAUCGUUGGUCUUGCCAAAGCGGGCUGGGACAGGAUGAAUGAGUUGUACAACGCAGAGACGAACCCCAACAGAGCCAACAGGCCGACCGUCAUGACCGCUAUGAAGGUAGACAAUAAGGUCUAUCUUGCGUCAAGUGUCACGGGCGGAAGCGGCAAUUAUAUCUACCAAGGUUUUGAGGAUAAUGGAUACGAGGGCGAAUUCACUAGCGUAUUGAACGCCGCACCGGAUGUCAAAGCUGCCUUGGAGGCAGUCAGCGCCGAGAGUAAAGAGAAAGAUAAAAAGACUACGGAUAAGGGCAAAAAGACUGCUGCCAAGGUGGAUAAAAGGACAAACGGGCAACAAUCUGCCGCGGGCUCGUCGAGUGGCCAAGGGGCAACAAACACGAAGAAGAAGCAACCAGCAACUCCCAAGAUCGCUCAACAUACUAUGAAUGCCGGGUGUGGCGAGGUGAUGGCAUCCCUAGAGUAUCAGAUCGAUCAAAAAGGCGCUGCACUAAGAAACAAAUCUCCUAAGCCAACGAUCGUUGCAUGGGAAGGGGAGAAAGGUGGCAAACCUAUCAAAAACAAGUACAACGGUCAGAUCACGGAUGGAAUGACAGGGCAGAUGAAGCCGCCAUGUGGUAAUAAGUCCAAAGAUGGAUGCGGAAAGGGCUGGGGCUGCAAGGCUUUUACCGGGGAAAAAGGCAUGAAUUUCAAGGUGAUUGAACACGUCAAGGACCUAACGGACCAAACAAUCAUGCUUCCUGGCACAGAAGGCUUUCCUCAGAUUGUGGCCAUAACUCAUCCCUCGUUUCCCCCGCCUGACAAGUAUAAGCCAAAGGAGACUGGCAACAACGGCAAUAACAAUAAUAACAGCAAUAACCGGAAUAAUAAUAACAGCAACAAUCGCAAUAACAACAACAACAGCAACAAUCGCAACAGUGGCAACAGGAGUCAAGGCCACCAGACCCCGGGCAGGACUCAUUGA